AUGUCUUCCAACACAUCGUCCAAGACCAUGUCAGACGCAUCAUCCAUCCACUCGACCGUCUCUAACGCAACAACCCUCAAAGACGCGCCAACCAAGAACAAGAAGUGGUACUCGCUGAGUUCAAAGACAUCAAACACAUCAAUUGCCUCAAGCCUCGAUCCCAAGAACAAUAACAUCGACAAGAAAACCAAGCAGAAGCUGCUGCACCAAGAGGCUAUCGCUACUUACCUCGCCUUGCGUUGA